CGCGAGAGAGAAGAGAGGGCUGACUGAAGCGGCUGCAGCGGGAGGAAGCGCUCUGCACUCGCCCUGAGGACUCUUUCACACAGCAUUUCCUUGAAAAUGGCGUAUCACAGUCCGUACCGAGCCCCCCCGCACCUGAACGCGCCGCCGGACCAGGGCUUUCUGUGGAAUAUCUUCCAGAGGGUUGACAAAGACAGAAGUGGAGUGAUAUCAGACUCAGAACUUCAGCAAGCCUUAUCGAAUGGCACAUGGACUCCUUUCAACCCGGUGACGGUCCGCUCUAUCAUUUCCAUGUUCGACAGGGAAAAUAAAGGUGGCGUAAACUUCAACGAGUUCGCCGGCGUGUGGAAGUACAUCACAGAUUGGCAGAACAUCUUCAGGACCUACGACAGGGAUAACUCCGGUUUCAUCGACAAGAAUGAGCUCAAACAGGCUCUGACUGGAUUUGGUGAGCUUGCAAGCUAUCGUCUGUCAGACCAGUUCUACGGCACUCUGAUAGAUAAGUUCGACCGGCAGAGGAAGGGACAAGUGGCCUUUGAUGACUUUAUCCAGUGCUGUGUUGUAUUACAGAGGUUGACUGAUGUGUUCAGACGGUACGACACGGACCAGGAUGGCUGGAUCCAGGUUUCAUAUGAACAAUAUCUAUCCAUGGUCUUUAAUGUAGUAUAACACACACGGAUGACCACAGAAGAGCACAACUGGACACAACUGUGCCAAAGCUCCCAUCACUCCAGAUGUCUGCCACGAUCCACACUACAAGAUUUUUUUCUUUUUUUUUUCCAAACCUAGUUUUAGUCCUAGGUGGAUUGUUUUAAUAUGAAUUAUGACAUCAAAACAAGAAAAUGGCAAUUAUUGUUGUAUGUUCAAGAAAAUCUUGUAGUGUUUUACUUUGUUGACAAAUCUGAACAACGUUGGUGUUGGUGACUCUGGGUUGGGAAAUAUUAUUGACACAUCCGUCUUUCUGUCUGUUUAUUGUUAACAUUUUUAAUGUCUUAACUCUGAUACAGUUUAGAAAAAAUAUCUGUUGAGAAUAAAAUAAUGCAUUGUAUAUAUGACUUAAAAUGCAUUGCAUGAUUUUCAGGGAAAUUUAGCCCCACUUUAAAGCAUGCUUUCCUUUUGUCUUUACUGCCCUAUUUUGCUCAAAGCCAUGUUUACAAAAGCUGUGAAAGCAGGUGAUACUCUGCUUUAAAGUUCACUGACAUGCCAGCUUACAUGCCAUAUUUGUACAACUUUGUUUUUUAACAGCCAAUCUUACAAUGUUAGAACAUCAGUUUUGUGGAGGGUAAGCAUAAUGCCUUUAGUAUGGCUUAUUUUUGUGCAUGAUGCCUUAAAAUGUGUGCAAAAAAAAAAAAGACAAAGAAAAGAAGAAAAAGAUAAAUCUUUUAUUAAAAAAAUGGCCAUCUGA